CCUGUUGCUGUCUCUUUCUCCCCGUCUUCCUUCUUCUUCCUCUUCUUCCAUUUCUCAUCCAUUCCUCCCACACCCAACCCAAUUCAUCCGUCUCAUUCUCCCUAAGGUCCUUCCUGACCCCCGUCACACCCCUCUCCAGUCGUAUCGUGCGCCCCCUUCACUGUUCCUCUACAGCCAUGUCUGGUGUCAACAAGGCUUGUUGCUCCAUCCCCCCGAUCGUGGCCCAGGGCUACCAGGGCAAGGGCGAAUACAAGACCAUCAAUGGCUUGAAGACUUACGUCACCGGCCCCGAAUCCGCUACCAAGGCCAUCCUCGUCAUCUACGACAUUUUCGGUUUCUUCCCCCAGACUAUCCAGGGUGCCGACAUCCUGGCCACCGCGAGCGAGCAAAAGUACCGCGUCUUCAUCCCCGACUUCUUCCAGGGCGAGCCGGCCGACAUCACCUGGUUCCCUCCUCAGACCGACGACCACAAGCAGAAGUUGGGUAACUUCUUCCAAACCAAGGCUGCUCCUCCCGCAAACCUGCCUAAGAUCCCCUCCAUUGUCUCCGAGGCCAACAAGCUCGCUGCUGGCGGCAGCUUCCAGUCCUGGUCGAUCCUGGGCUACUGCUGGGGAGGCAAGAUCACGACCCUGGCGUCUGGUCAGGAUAACAAGCUGUUCAAGGCGGCAGUGCAAUGCCACCCGGCGAUGCUCGACCCCAACGAUGCCAAGAGUGUCAACAUCCCCAUGGCGGUGCUGGCCUCUAAGGAUGAGAACCCCAAGGAUGUCGAGGCAUUCGGUGCCAACCUGCAGCAGGCCAACUAUGUCGAGACCUUCUCCACCCAAAUCCACGGAUGGAUGGCUGCUCGCUCCAACCUCGAGGAUGAGCAGGUGCGCAAGGAGUACGAGCGGGGAUACCGGACCGCGCUGGACUUCCUCCAGAAGCACGCCUAAACACUGACGGUCAACAUGCCAUAAUGAAUGGAAUCUGAAUAAUGAAUUUUGUGAAACCAAAAGUGUAUAUAUGACUGUCAGCAAAUGCCCAAGU